AUGGCUUCUCCAAACCCGCUUGCAUUUGAAGCCGCCACAGCAGCCCACGAGGUGGCAGCUAGUUACGUGACCCAGCAUAAACCGCGCAAAAACGACAACAUAAACUUCGCCAAUUUCAAUCAGGACUUCUCGUGCGUGUCAGUAGGAUACGCCAACGGCUAUAAAAUCUACAAUUGCGAGCCCUUUGGACAGUGUUACUCCAAAUCUGACGGUAGUAUUGGAAUAGUGGAGAUGCUUUUCAGUUCCUCCUUGCUCGCGAUAGUAGGAAUGGGCGAACAACACUCGCUCUCUCCCCGAAGACUGAAGAUCAUUAACACCAAAAGGCAAACAACGAUCUGCGAACUGACAUUUCCCGGGGCCAUUUUAGCCGUGAAGCUCAACCGUGAACGUCUGGUGGUCUUGCUCGAAGAAACCAUCUACAUCUACGAUAUCAACAGUAUGCGCUUACUCCACACCAUUGAGACGCCGCCCAACCCGAACGGCCUGAUUGCAUUAUCUCCUUCGAGCGACAACAAUUAUCUUGCUUAUCCAUCUCCGCAGAAACUGGCACCUAACCCGCAGACAGAUAUGGCUUCACAUUCGAACGGCCAAACGGUGAGGAACGGAGACGUGAUCAUUUUCGAUGCCAAGACUCUGCAGCCAACAAGCGUCAUUGAGGCACACAGAACAUCCUUAGCGGCAAUGGCCCUGAGCAAAGACGGCUUACUCCUUGCCACAGCGAGCGACAAGGGCACCAUUAUAAGGGUGUUUUCUGUGGCCACGGGUAUCAAACUGUAUCAAUUUCGAAGAGGAACGUAUCCAACAAAAAUAUACUCGCUGGCUUUCAGUCCUGACAAUAGAUUUGUGAUUGCAAGUUCAGCUACAGAAACCGUUCAUAUUUUCCGUCUAGGCGAGGAAGAGGCUGCCAAUACAAUUAAGUCAGCAAACAAAAAGGCCAGACUUACAAAGGCCCAGGCUCCGAAUCCUCUGGAGACUUCGCCAGAUAUAUAUCCACACAACCAGCACACGAGUUCCGACGAGGACGAGGAGCUGAAUGAAGACGAGGAAGAUUUGGACGGAGACGAAGACGACGACCUUGAAGACGAUGCACACGUGCCAGUGUCGCUACAGCGUGGGAGAUCGUCGUCUUCUGCCGGCUCUUUCCACAGCUCGGAGUCGAUCACCGACAAACUGAAGGAGCCCCUUGUGGACAAUUCUCGAAAAUCCGUUGCUCGAAUGCUGCGUCGCACGUCCCAGAGCCUAGGUCGGAAGGCUGCGGAGAAGAUGGGCACGUACCUGCCUCCAAAGUUCUCGUCUAUACUGGAACCGAACCGGCAUUUUGCGUCGCUGAAAGUGCCUGCUUCCAAGGAGACCAAGACCGUUGUUGGAGUUGGGGGCAAGAUCUGGGACGACUUGAUUCCCAGCGUGUACCUGAAAGAUGAUGCCAGCUCUAUUCCUGAGACGUCCGAAGACUUGGUGAACAAGAAACUGGUGCACAUCAUGGUGAUCACUAGCGAGGGGUUCUUCUAUAAGUUUGGGCUCGACCCGGAGAGAGGAGGCGACUGCGUCCUUCUCCACCAGCAGAGUCUCUUUGGCUAG